CUGAGGGUUCCGCGAUGUCCCCGCCCCCUCCCGGCCCCGACGCCAGCACGUUGAGUGGCGGGGGCCGGCCAAAGAACUGCCCGAGAGAGGAGCGGCUCCGGGGUUUGGGCGGCACGGUUGGGGCGCCCGCUUCGGGGCCCCUGAGAGGCUGCUGGCCCGGGAUUGCGGCCCGCGGCCACGGGGGGAAGGGGGUGGGUGGGCUGAGAGCAGCUCGGCGGCGAGGCCGGCCCGCCGCCCCUUCCCCCCACCCCCGUCGACCUUGUCGACAGAAGGUUCCCGGAGCUCCUCACGCCGGCGGGAUGGCGACUGCAGCGGAGGCGGAGGCCUCUCCGCCGACGGACGCGAGCUGGGAAAGUGGUGGCGGCGGCGGAGACGACGAGAUGAAGCAGGCGCUUCCGGAGCUUGAGUCCACCCCACAAAAUGGCGGCGGCGUCAGCAUCGCGGAGCCCGGCGGCGGCACCGGGCCUGAGGAGAGCGCGGCUGCUGAGGCCGCCCCGAGCCUCUGCCACGAGCAGCCUCAGGACUCCUCUGAGGCGGGCGCGGCCGCUCUGCCCAAAGGCCCCGAAGAGCCCGAAAGACCUGUUAGGAGGAGUUUUCAGAUCCCCAGGAAGAGCAGAGAAAAGAAAGCACUUUUUCAGCUGUUAACUCCAGGCUCUCGAGAAUUUGAAGAUGUUUUAAAUAUUCUCCAUUCAUCUUACCUUGAACCAACUUCAGCAACAAAUUUUAACUACAAACGUGCUUGCUUGAUACAUAAUGAGCUUUUGGAAAAGGAGUUUACAGAAAAGAGAAGAGAACUGAAGUUUGAUGGUCGUUUAGAUAAAGAACUUUCAGAAUCUUAUGCAUUUCUGAUGGUUGAUCGAUAUCAGGUUCAAAGCAUAUGUGAAAAAGGAUUACAGGUGGGCCAGUCCAAAAUAACAAUUCUUGGCAGUCCUUCCAUGGGUGUCUAUCUUUCUAGGUAUGCUGAUUUAUUACAAGCCAAUCCUUUGGAAGCAGGUGCAGUAGGCGAUGUUGUUAUAUUUAAAAUAAUGAAGGGUAAAAUAAAGAGUAUAUAUGACCCCAUGGGUGUAAAGACUUUGGACUCUAUGUUAAAUAAAAGUGCUUUGGACCCAACACCAAAGCAUGAAUGUCAUGUGUCGAAGAAUGCCAAUAGAGUUACGUCACUUUUGGCUUACAGAGCCUAUGAACUUACUCAGUAUUAUUUUUAUGAGUAUAGCUUUGAUGAGCUAAGGAGAAGACCAAGACACGUAUGUCCAUAUGCAGUUGUGUCUUUUACUUAUAAAGAUGAUAUACAAACUCCGAAGUUCAUACCUUCAUCAAGAUCUAACAGCUUUAAUGCAGAUAGAAACACAGAAAAAUUUAACUACACAUUGUGGAAAGGACAACUUUUGAAUAAAGGAAAGCUUUUGUGUUAUAUUUCUCUGAGGUCAGCCACUCGUGCUUUUUUGCCUAUCAAGCUUCCUGAGAAGUUAGAUGUUGAAACAGUUAUGAGUAUUGAUCAUCUGAAACAGAAAAUCCCUCCAGCACUGUUUUAUAAGGAAACAUACUUAGGUCCAAAUGAAGUUUUGAAGAAUGGAAUGUAUUGCAGCCUUUAUGAAGUUGUAGAAAAGACAAGAAUUGGAAGCAACAUGGAAAGUUUGCUGCAAAAACUAGAGAAAGAAAAACUUGUUCUUGUUAAACCUUUGGGAGACCGAGGAUACCUUUUUCUUCUCUCUCCUUGUCAAAUGGUUCCUCCAUAUGAACAUCAAACUGCCAAGUCUCGAGUCUUACAUGCUUUGUUUUUGUUUCAAGAACCUAGAGGCAUAGUUACUUCACAGAAAGGUUCUACCAAUGCAACACCACAGGAGAGACAUGAAAACAUGCCAGAUGUACUAAAAAUAACUCAAUUUUUACAGUUUGCUUUGAUUCAGUAUCGAAAGGAAUUCAAAAAUAUAAACACCAUAAAUUUUCAUUCUGUUGUUGAAAAGUAUGUAAGUGAAUUUUUUAAGCGAGGUUUUGGUUCAGGUAAACGAGAGUUUAUCAUGUUUCCAUAUACUUCACGAUUAGAUGAUAAAAAAUUCUUAUAUUCAGCUCCAAAAAAUAAAUCCCAUAUUGAUAAUUGUUUGCAUACCUAUAUUUUUCGGCCUGAAAUGUAUCAGCUACCUAUUUAUAAGUUAAAAGAGUUAUUUGAAGAAAACAGAAAACUUCAGCAGUUCAGUCCACUUUCAGAUUAUGAUGGCCAAGAAGAAGAGGUGAAUGGUACAAAAAUGAAAUUUGGAAAACGAAAUAACUCGAGGGGUGAAACUAUUACACCUGGAAAGCAGAAGUCAUCUCACUCUUUGGAUUAUGAUAAGGAUAGAGUCAAAGAAUUGAUUAAUUUAAUUCAGUGUAGGAAAAAAAAUGUGGGUGGGGACUCAGACACAGAAGAUAAGAGAAGCAGAACUGUCCUGAAGAGGAAGCUUGAGGAUCUACCUGAAAAUAUGAGAAAGCUCGCCAAAACCAGUAAUUUAUCUGAAAAUUACCAUCUGUAUGAAGAGUCUUCACAGCCUGUUGGCUCACUUGGGCAUGAUGCUGACUUGAGACGGCAGCAGCAGGAUAGCUCUAACUCCAGCAUUGCUGACAUCCAUAGGUUGUUUAAUUGGCUGUCAGAAACACUAGCAAAUGCACGCCAUUCUGAUGCAUCCCUGACAGACACAGUCAACAAAGCCCUAGGAUUGAGCUCUGAUGAUGCCUGUGAAGAGAUGAGGCCAAAGCAUGAUUAUGAGUUGAACUCUACCCUGGAUAAGAAAGAAUAUGAGCAGCCGACUUGUGCAAAAAUUGAAAAUGCACAUUUUAGGGAUACUAAGAGCCCAUUGCUAGAAAUCGAUACAUUAUCUUUAAAAUAUCCUGUUGCUGUUUCUACCAGUGAAGUAGGAACUGACCAUAAAGUACAUCUGAAAGACGAUCCAAAUUUAAUUAGCAUGAAUAAUUUUGAAGAUUGCAGUUUGUGUCCCACUGUUCCCAUUGAACAUGGAUUCCACAGACAAUCUAAGUCAAAUAAUGUUGAAGAGACUGAAAUUCAUUGGAAACUGAUUCCAAUUACAGGAGGGAAUGCAAGAAGCCCAGAAGACCACCUGGGGAAACAUGGUGAGAAACAAACACCAGGUAUGAAAUCACCAGAAGAACAACUGGUGUGUCUGCCACCACAGGAGACCUUUCCUAACGACCCCCGGGUAAUAAGUAGACAGAGAAGUUCUGAUUACCAGUUUCCAUCCUCUCCAUUUACAGACACACUAAAGGGCACCACUGAGGAUGACAUGUUGACAGGUCAGGUGGUGACCGUGGAGGAGCAGUGUGUGCCAGCAGCAGAACCGCCUGCAGUGAGUGAAACCACGGAGAGGACAGUGUUAGGAGAGUACAGUCUCUUUUCUAGGAAGAUAGAAGAGAUUUUGAAGCAAAAGAAUGUUUCAUAUGUCAGUAGUAUUUCCACACCUAUCUUUUCAGCGCAAGAGAAGAUGAAACGGCUUUCUGAGUUCAUAUAUUCUAAGACUUCCAGAGCUGGUGUACAGGAGUUUGUAGAUGGCUUGCAUGAGAAAUUAAAUACUGUUAUUAUCAAAGCAUCAGCCAAGGGUGGGAAUUUGCCACCAGUCAGUCCUAAUGAUUCUGGUACUAAGAUUGCACUGAGUCCUCAGGGAAGGCAUGUCAUACCAGUUUCCUCAAGUGACUUCAGCAGUAAACACCUUCUUGAGCCACUUGGUAGUGAUCCUUUGAAAGAAACCAAUUCUAAUGAGCAGCAUUCCUCUUCAACUUCGGGUUUAACGGAAGUAGAAGUGAACCAGCCACAUCAUAUCACAGAGCCAAUGGUGACUUCUGAUCAUACUGUACCUGGGGACACUGCCCGAGAACCAGUAGAAAAAGAAACAACAAAAUCACCCAGUGAUGUAAAUAUUUCUACCCAACCAGCUCUUUCAAAUUUUAUAAGCCAGUUAGAACCCGAAGUAUUUAACAGUUUGGUUAAAAUCAUGAAAGAUGUCCAGAAAAAUACUGUGAAAUUUUAUAUUCAUGAAGAAGAAGAGAGUGUGCUCUGUAAAGAAAUAAAGGAAUAUCUUAUCAAAUUAGGCAAUACAGAAUGUCAUCCAGAACAGUUUUUGGAAAGAAGAUCAAAAUUAGAUAAAUUGUUGAUUAUUAUUCAGAAUGAAGACAUUGCAGGUUUCAUUCACAAGGUACCUGGCUUGGUGACUUUAAAGAAGCUCCCUUGUGUUAGUUUUGCUGGUGUUGAUAGUCUGGAUGAUGUUAAAAAUCAUACUUACAAUGAAUUAUUUGUAUCUGGAGGUUGUAUCGUUUCUGAUGAAUCCAUUCUAAACCCAGAAGUAAUCACAAUUGAGAACCUUAAAAAUUUUUUGACAUUCCUUGAAGAACUUAGUACUCCAGAAGGAAAAUGGCAAUGGAAAGUCCACUGUAAAUUUCAGAAAAAACUAAAGGAACUGGGCAGAUUGAAUGCUAAAGCACUAAGUCUUUUGACGCUUCUGAAUGUCUAUCAGAAGAAACAUCUCGUUGAAAUCUUGUCAUACCACAACUGUGAUUCACAAACUCGGAAUGCUCCAGAAUUGGAUUGCCUCAUUAGACUUCAGGCUCAGAACAUACAGCAACGACACAUAGUCUUUUUAACAGAAAAGAGUAUCAAGAUGCUUUCCAGUUAUACCGAUAAUGGAAUAGUAGUUGCAACUGUUGAAGACUUUAUGCAAAACUUUAAAAAUCUUGUGGGCUAUCACAAUUCAAUCACAGAAGAAAACCUUCCAUUGCUUGGUGCUAAUGAGAAUCUUGAGUCACAGUCAGAUGCUGUUUUGACAUUAACCCCUUUGGAGCUGGGAGUUGGGAUUUCCCAACAUUAAACGUGAACACAUUUCGCAGAAGCUUUUAGCAUCGGAUUAUCUGGACAUUCACACCUAGUGUGAGUGUUGUGACUAAGUGAACUUGUGGCAGAAGACCAAGCUUUAAGGGAUUGUGGACUUGCAGAUCCUGACGCAUUAUAUUGUGUGAGUAGUGUAUAAUUUUAAAACAUAAACAAAUUGUGUAUUUCAAUAGAGGAGGACUUUUUGUUUUUUAAAUGUAGCUCUUUUAGAAAACGAUGAAAAGGAUGAAGAGGAUAUGUCUCUGGAUUCAGGGGAUGAAAUCUCACAAAUUGAAGUAUGCAGCAAUUUUCAUUCAGAAAUAUUGGCGCAAGAGACCAAAGGAUCAAGUGGAACAGAUCAAAAAAAGAAUAUUCAAAUUGAGUUGCAAUCGUCUCUUGACUUGCAAAAAUGUUUAUUAGAAGAUAAGACUUAUCAAAUUGAUUCGGAAGAGAGAGCUUCUAUUGAUACAGUAUGCUCUGAAGGAGAGAACAGCAAUUCAGCUGAGCAAGAUUCGUAUAGCAACUUUCAGGUUUAUCACAGUCAAUUAAAUAUGUCCCAUCAGUUUAGUCAUUUUAAUGUUCUCACUCAUCAGACAUUUUUGGGGACACCAUAUGCCCUUUUAUCAAAUCAGUCUCAAGAAAGUGAAAAUUACUUUUUAAAUGCUUAUACUCAAAGCUUGGAUAGAGAUAAACCUCCAUCUCCAUUAAGCUGGUGGAAAAGUGAUUCUUCCAGGCCGUUUUCAAAAGAGAAAUAAUUACAGUAACUUUAAAAAAAAAAAAAAUAGGUUGUUAUGGACUUUUUCUGUUUCUUAAAACUGAAUUAACAAUUUAUAUUUCAUUCUCUUAACGAGGUUUCUUUUCCUUUCUCAAAUUUUUUCCCCUUUUAUUUAAAUCAUGAUGGCCUGUAACAGUUGAAGCAUCUGAAAAUUAAAAUAAAUAUAUAUAUUUUUAACAUAUAUUGUACUUGAAUUAUCUCAUGUUGGCGCUUUUAAAUUUUACAUUAUAUGUCAUCUGUACUGUGGCUUCAAAUUGAAGCCUGCUUUAUAUAUAAAACUAAAAGGAGAGUAGACAGUAAUGGCUUUAUUACUUUUUUCUUCCUCUAAUGUUACGUCAUUUCAGCAAAAGUAGCUGGAACAUCUACUGUAGCUAGAGUAUCAACUAUUGUAUUUAUUUUAAGCUUUUGUACGUUUUUACACAGGUAUAAGCCAGUAAUGUUGAUAAAUAUUUACAGGAUUUUGGCUCAAUACCUCAAGAUUUAUUGAACAAUGAAGUUUCAUUUAGAUCAUAAAACUAUGUACAUAGAACUUAGGACAUAAUACCAGGCAGCAUUAUUUUAUCUUUAGGCUUAACCAUGUAAAAAUAGCCUGUUGGUAGAAUUGUGAUCAGCCUUUUUUUGAGAGUAUUCAGUAAUUAAGAUUUUUAGUGCUUGUGUGGUCCUUUACUUAACCAAAUUCAGAUUCAUGUUUCAAAGGAUAGGUGUCUGUUAAAGGCAUUAAACAGUUUGACAACUUUGCUAUGGGUUUUUAAAUUGCUAGAAAAAUGGAAGUAUAUUUUUGAGUUGGUAAUGCACUUAAGUACUUAAGUGCUGUACUAAAACUAACUUUUUUUUUUAAACUAACAAAUAAAAGUACAUGGUGGAGGUAAAUUUUAAAUCCUCUUAUGUUACUAACUGCCUUUCCAUUACUAAUCAUAACUUGUAAAUGUUUUUGAAAACUUUAAAAAAAGGACUUAAAAGAAAAAAAAAAUUUCCACAUAAGCCUAAACUCAGUCUAGGCUAUUUUAGCAAAAAUUGGGAUGUCAGACCUUUUCCUUUGGCACCUCAGAAAACCUUGGAUGAGUUUUAUUUACCCUUUAAAAUUUUUUAUAGAGCAAAUAUGUGAUAUUUCAAUUAAUAAUCUAUAUGCAAAAAGGUGUGGAAGAACGUUGUCUGUAAACUCCAGACUGCUUUAAGGUAAGUAGAUAAAUACCCAGACUGUGACAUAGCAGAAGAAAAAAAAUUUUUUUUUUACUAGGCUUUUUACAAAAGUGUCUGUUUUAUUUUUUUUUAAUGUAUAUAUACACACAAACAGCAUUUUACUAUGUAAUAUACAAGUUUUAAAUAAGCAUUUUAAAAAUAGACUAUUUGAAAAAUACAGUGAGCAACAACCACAUUUUAUAAUUUGGAAAACACAAAUGUGAAGGAUUUGAUUUUCUACAUUUAAAACAAAGAACUAAAAUUCUCUUCUUGAUUUGCAGCUAAAGGCAUGAGAUUAGUUUCCAAUUCCCUUUGCUUCUGGAGAAGGCCCUGAAAUCAGAUUGAUAAUAUUAGUAAGGUGUGCAGCAGAUGUGCAAACUAUUCCUGUUUUACAUUUAUGUCCUGUUAAUCCAGAACUAUAUUUACUUUGAAAACUUGUAUUUCUAUGCUCAGUUAUUUGGCCAUAGCUUAAACUUUGACAUGCUGAAUUUUAAACAAACAUUUUUACACCAGACUUUCUCACUUGGAUACUGUGUAGUUAUCAUUUGUAAAAAUAUCUUUUGAUAUUUUUUUAAAACCAUGUCUCUGUAAUUGUGGAGCUGAGUCUGCCUUUAACCUCCAAUGUUUUACCUUGACUGCAUUAACCUUAGUGGCUAAUACAAGGCCCUGUUGAAUGUUGAAAUAAGAUAUGGUCACUAUAUAGGUGAUGAAUAUGUAUGUAUGUUCAUCGUAAUCCUUCCUCUUAAGCUCACAACAAGCUCACAACUUUUGUUCCAGUAAGCUAGAAGUAAGUAUGCCUUGUCAUUUUAAAGGAAGAUAUUUAAGUAAAAAACCUUUACUAUGUGAGUUACCAAUCUUGACAAAAUUCAAUCCAUAGUCACCAAAGCUAGUAUUUAAAAAACUAAAGAAAACUAUUAUUCUGGGUUAGUAGGGGUGAUUUUCUAGCUCUAUAGAAAGAAUUGUUAAGCAACACUUGAAUCAACAAUUUGAAAUACAACAGGCACUGGUAACUGACUGGACAUGGAAAAAGGUACUCUUAAAACUCAGUAUACUAAACUAAGAAAGAAAGCUAAUUGCAGAACCAGUUUUGCAAGUUUAUAUAUUUUUUUUAAGGUAUAGCCUUAAAUAGUGGAUAUGUUACCUGAUUUUAUUUUUACCUGAGCAAGAUAGUACAUCAUAGUUGGUCUGGGAUAAAAAGUUGUCUGGUAAGAUUUUAUACAUACAUAAAUUUCACACUGACUAAAUAUUAUUCUUUGGGAUUUGUGUUGUCAAUGUUCUGUUUCAAACAUGACCAACACAUUCAUUUAAUAAAUUGUAAUCUGCAUUACUAAGAAUUUAUUAAAGCAUAAUUGUAUCUUCUGCCUUUAGUUUUAGGGCCUUAUUGAUCAUGCUUUUUACCAUUUCAAAUGUAUGCAUUUUUCAUUCAAUAAAGCUGUUUUAAUACUCAAAA